AUGGCUCCGUCCGCUAUAAAAGAGCAAUUUUCUUCCGAAAACGUGACAAUUAAACCGUGGAGCCGUCCUGCACAUACGAGGGAGAACAUUGAUUGGGCUCCUCUGGUUGAAAUCGAUCUAUCUCGCUUCGACGAGCCCGGCAGGAAGCAAGAGCUCGCAAAGCAACUGUACGACGCCGUUACACGAGUCGGCUUUUGGGUAGUUGUUGGACAUGGAAUUGAGGAUGAACGCGUCAUGCGCCAAUUCAGUAUCGGUAAUGCCUUCUUCCAAGAGCCGCUGGAAGAGAAGCGAAGCUUCGCCUGCAACUUUGCCGAGGGCGAGUAUUUCGGCUACCGUGAGAAUGAAAGAUGGAUUGGAGAUACCGGAGUAAAGGAUAACGUCGAAAUGCUCAAUAUUCCUAAAGCGAUUCCCGAAUUGGAGGACAUUCCGAGACACAGGAUCGUUCGUCAAAACUAUGAUGAGAUUGCGAGGUUUCAUCAAGAUCUUUUUAAUCAAGUCAUUCGAAAGUUAUUUGUCUUGAUGGCAAUUAUUCUGGAACUACCAGAAGACUACUUGGUCAAUGCCCAUGGCUAUGACCAGCGAUCGGAUGAUCACUUGCGAUACAUGAUCUAUAACACCCGGACUCAAGAAGAAUGGGACAAGGCCCAGGCCUAUACCAAGGGCGGCCACACCGACUUUGGUAGCCUAACCCUAUUGUUCUCGCAGCAUGUUGCUGGCUUGCAGAUCCGAACGACAGAAGGGGUAUGGAAAUACGUGAAGCCUGUUGAGGGUGGGAUUACAUGCAACGUUGCCGACACUUUAUCCUUCCUUACCAAUGGAUUUUUGAAAUCCACGAUCCAUCGUGUUGUCACACCCCCUAGGGAUCAAAUCAACAUUCCUCGUCUUGGGUUGCUCUAUUUCUGUCGACCCGGGGAUAAUACGAUAAUGAAGACAGUACCCUCGCCCGUGCUGGACCGUCUUGGCCUACUUGUCGAAGACGACAAAGACCCGAACAAACAUGCUGCCACAGGAACGGAAUAUGUACGCGCUCGGGUUCGGGAUGUGCACUAUAAGAAGGUGAUCGACAAGAGGGAGAACACAUCGUUUGAGUUCAAGGGUCUGAAGGUUGCAAAUCAUUAUGAAUAA